CGGGGCCACCGCGCCAGUCCUCAAUCUAAAAUCACCCGUAGGCAUGGUCUGUGUUGAGAUGUCCCGCCCACUGGCCGGUCUGCGGACUUCCCAUAGACAGUUGUGUGUUUCAUAAAAAUGCACUCUGAUGCGGCAAAUUUUCAGCUGAACUCCCAUUUGUCAACACUGGCCAGCAUCCAUAAGAUCUACCACACCCUGCACAGGCUGAACCUGACAGAGGACGUUGGACAGGAUAGUCACCCCUCAGCUUGUUGUUCUAGAGCCAUGCCCCCUAGAAAAAAGAGGAGACCCUCCUCUGGGGAUGACAUGUCAGCCAAGAAAAGUCGCCAGGAUAGUGUUUUCAGAAAACAUGAGACACCACAAAUCCGAGAGGAGGAGACGUUUUCCAGUAAAAGAUGUCUGGAAUGGUUCUAUGAGUAUGCAGGUUGUGAUGAUGUGGUGGGGCCAGAGGGUAUGGAGAAGUUCUGUGAAGACAUUGGAGUGGAACCAGAGAAUGUGGUGAUGUUGGUUCUGGCCUGGAAGCUGGAUGCCCAGAGUAUGGGAUAUUUCACUCUCCAGGAGUGGCUCAGAGGAAUGGGCUCACUUCAGUGUGACUCCACGGAGAGGCUGAGGAACUCCCUUGAAUAUUUAAGAUCUGUCCUAAAUGACACUACCAGUUUUAAACUCAUUUACAGAUAUGCCUUUGAUUUUGCUCGGGAAAAGGAUCAGAGGAGUUUGGAUUUGAAUACAGCCAAGUGCAUGCUGGGUCUUCUUCUGGGAAAGACGUGGCCUCUUUUUCCUGUUUUUAAUCAGUUUUUAGAGCAAUCGAAGUACAAAGUCAUCAACAAAGACCAAUGGUGCAAUGUUUUAGAGUUCAGCAGGACAAUCAACCUGGACCUCAGUAACUAUGAUGAGGAUGGUGCCUGGCCGGUUUUGCUUGAUGAAUUUGUGGAAUGGUACAAGGAGAGAGAGAUGUCAUAGCUGCAGAGCAGAAACAGCCAGCUAGAAGACUUAGAAAAAAGACGUCUAUGACAACAACGGCUAUGAGAAUCGACAACUAAUAAGUAUACAAUAUUAAAAAAUGGUUAAGGUGUAUGUCAGCAAUGACAGUGGGUGCUUCUUGGCAAUAGUGGGGUUUGGGGUGUGGGUGGACUUGGGUCGAUGGGCCAUGUCCCAGCCUGGGUGCAUGCUACCCAGAGUGAUGAGGCUGAGGGUUCUCAUUGUGGAGUAACUUCCCCUAAGAAUGUUUCAUAGUUGGUAAACUUGUGGCAAGCUCCAGUGGCAUUGCUGUCCCUCACUGUGACGUGUCAUAUUGCUGUCUGUGUUUGGAUAACAUUGUAUCAUAAAUGGAUGAUGGAAGCAAAAUGGUAUUGUGUGAGAGAAUCACUCCUCACCCCUUAUCUCCAGCACAGUAAAAUCAAGAGAAGUGACCAUUCAAGCAUUUUGUCUAAGUCUUAAAUAAGGGUCACUUUGACCUGGGCACAUUUGAAUAUUGUAUAUCUGUUCAUUGAACUUGAAUCUGUCUUGAGAUUAAGCAUCUUUUCUCCUCUUUUGAGUUGAAUAGGAAUUCCUGAAGAAGCACACUGUGUCAAAUGGUUGAGUGCAGGCCUCAGAUUCCUGCAGUUUACUAUUGAGUUGUGCCAGUGAGAGCUUUUUUUUUGGGGGGGGGGGGAGGAGUCCCAGGUUUUCUCUUCUCAUCCUGUUGCUCCAGCUUGUGCUACAUUUGGUUAACCCCCUGCAAAGGAUUCAGACCUCAUACCCUUAAAAUAAAUCAGCAUUGCUGCUUAUUCACUCUUAUUAAAGCACAGUGGUCAGUCACCAGUAAUAUGACCAGGAUUUAUUGGUCAUUUGGCCAAUUUAUGUAGCUACGCUGUGUCGGUAAGAGUAUUUUUGUGCCUCAGUCCAUGGAAGUCACUUUGUGCGUCUCAUACACGCUUACCAACAAAUCCACUUUUGUACAAACAAAGACGCACACUAACACACUGAGUGGCCAGGGAUUAUUUCAAGAUGAACUCUGACUGUUGGUUCUAUAUUUUGAGUUGAAAUAAAGUUAGUUUGUGUCCAUUUUGUCCUUUUGUAAUGUGGCAUCUGUUGUGUUUUCCUUUGUCCACUGAUGGUAUCAGGUCUCCCAAUACUAGUAGCAUCUUUCCUUAUCGCCAACAGUGUUAAUAGAUGAAGAGUGGAAGACCAGUGACCCUCUCAGGAUGAGAUCCUUGAAGUUUAAGUUGAAAGCUAAGUUUGCCGAAUGCAUUGCUUUGUGUCACCCCUGAGGUCUAAUGGAGACCAUGGACACUGAGUUUGGAACUGUGUAAUGAUGCUAUGCUGUUCUUUUUGCCCAGUAUAAUGGUCUUGUAACACAUGUAUAAACUUUUAUCUCCGGCUGUGGUGUGAUGCUGAAUUGUCAGAAGAUUUAAUAUUUGCAUGCAUGCUCCAUCAGAGCCUUUUGUGAAUGGAUGAGUUUUCUUAAAAAAAUUUUUUUUUGUACAGGAAUUUGUGAGUGUUUUUGUGCUUCAUUUGAUAUUCACGGUCACGUUACCUUAACUCUCUUCAGAAAAUCAUCGUACCUGGGGCGCCCCGGUGGCUCACCUGGUAGAGCGCGUACCACAUAAGGCUAAGUCCUUACCGCAGCGGCCUGGGUUCGAAUCCGGUCCGGGCUCUUUGCUGCAUGUCAUCCCCUCUCUCUCCCUUGCCUUUCCUGUCUCUCUAUUGCUAUCAAAUAAAGGCAAAAAAUGCCACAAAAAAAAAAAAAAAUCUUAGAAAAAAGAAAGAAAAUGAUCGUACCUGACCUGGAAAACGCCUGUAACCUCAUGUUGGAACAGGAGUUCCCUCCUGCAUAUCCCCUCACUCCACAUCCUCAUACACGCACUGUAAAGGCAUAGGAAGCAGCUCUAGCACAGCAGUUCUCAAUUUGGUCCUCAGGGACCCGCGGUACUGCAGGUUCUCUAUUAUGCCAAGUAGUUUGGUUCACCUGUUGCAUCAGGCAUUCUGGAUAUCUAAACAGUUUUUUUUAGACCUGGUACUACAGGUGAAUGUAAUUAACCUAUGUGGCAGAAUAGAAAACCAGCAGUACUGGUGGUACUCAAACUUACUUGAGAACCACUGCUCUAGUGUACAGGUUCUGAAUUUUUUCUCUCAAAGGCCAUAACUUGUAUUACAAAUUUUUCAACCGCAUUGUUACUGUACCACGUGUAAUUGACAUUAGAAUUAAUACUGAAAGUAAUAGAAAACUGAACUAUACUGUCAUGUCAGUGGAUACCGUUGCAGUCAAAAUUAAAAGCUGUUGCCAUAAUGCUACAGUACAUCAGCCAUCAGUAUAAAAUAAUUUGUUAGGAGAUGGACCUAGUUGUUAGACUGUUCAAUAAAAUAGCUGUGUAUGAACUAUUUGAAAUAGUAUUCUUCCAUGAGAAUGCAGGGGGAUGAACAACCUUGUCCUGACUGUAUAUAUGUAUGUAAACUAUGUAUGUAUUUGUGUAUAUGUCUGUUUUCACUAUAACCUAUGUCUCUACACAAAAAUA